AUGGAUCGUGGCGGCCCCUUCAAGGUCUUUGUGGGCGGUCUUCCGCAGGACUGCACGAAUGACAUCCUUGUCGACUACUUCGGAAAGUUUGGAAACAUCACAGACGUAGUGGUGAUGACAGACCGGGCGACUGGCCGAUCGCGAGGGUUUGGGUUUGUGUCUUUCGACACGGAGGAGGCUGUUGACAGCAUUAUGGCCAUGCGCAAUCAGCACCAGAUACAAGACAAAUGGGUGGACUGCAAAAGGGCGACUGCUGAAGGAACCAAGGGCGUUCCACAGAAGGGCGGUGGCGGUGGCGGUGGUGGUAAAGGCACAGGCUCCACUAGGCCGCCUGCGUCGAGAGCUCCGUCGUACAACGCAGCACCACCGCCUGAUUACAGCGCGAGCUCUUGCAGCAGUAGCUAUGGAGCCGAUGCUUUCGGGGCAUACGGGGCCUAUGGAGCCGGUGCAUAUGGUUAUGAUGGCCUUUAUGGUGCCUACGGCACAGCUUAUGGUGGCGGCUGCAACGGCCAGGGCGGCGGCUAUGCUCCGAGCAAGGGUUGGCUCGGUGGCAAAGGUGCUGAGAAGGGCUAUGCUCCAUACUGA